UUUGAUUCUGGAAGGAGGAAAAAGAAGAAGAAGAAGAAGAAGAUGGGCGUUGUGGCAGCAGGAGCUGCAAUGGUGGGCGAUUCUCUGAGCGUGAGAGCAGCGAUGAUGCGGGAGUCUCUGCAAAAGAGCCAAACCAUCACCGACGACGUCGUCUCCAUUCUUGGCUCCUUUGACCACCGCCUCUCUGCCCUCGAGACCGCCAUGCGUCCUACUCAGAUUAGAACACACUCUAUCAGGAAAGCUCACGAGAAUAUUGAUAGGACUUUGAAGGCUGCUGAGGUUAUACUGGCGCAAUUCGAUCUUUCUCGUCAGGCAGAGGCAAAAAUACUUAGAGGGCCACAUGAGGACUUAGAAAGUUAUCUAGAAGCAAUCGAUCAGCUAAGAAGAAAUAUACGCUUCUUUAGUAGCAAUAAAGGUUUGAAGAGCAGUGAUGGGGUUCUCGCUCAUGCCAAUAGUUUGCUUUCUAAAGCUAUUUCAAAGCUGGAAGAUGAGUUCAAGCAGCUGCUAAAGUCCUAUAGCAAACCUGUGGAGCCUGAACGCCUCUUUGAUUGUCUCCCAAACUCAUUGAGGCCAUCCUCAGGAUCUCCUGGUAACCAGGGUGAUUUGAAUGGCAAGAAUCCUUCUUCAAAUAACCAUCAUGAACACCACAAUAGUAACUUAGAAAAUGCUGUUUACACACCUCCUACCCUGAUACCUCCCAGGGUUCUUCCACUGUUACAUGAUUUAGCUCAGCAAAUGUUUCAAGCUGGUCAUCAACAGCAGUUGCUAUUAAUUUAUAGGGAUACCCGCUCUUCAGUCUUAGAAGAAAGCCUCCACAAAUUGGGGGUUGAAAAACUGAGCAAGGACGACGUUCAGAAAAUGCAAUGGGAGAUUUUGGAAGCCAAGAUUGGAAACUGGAUUCAUUACAUGCGUAUAGCUGUGAAAUUACUGUUUGCUGGAGAACGGAAAGUUUGUGAUCAAAUGUUUGAAGGCUUUGAUUCUCUUGGCGACCAAUGUUUUGCGGAAGUUACUAGAAGUAGUGUCUUAGUUCUACUUAGUUUUGGGGAGGCAAUUGCGAAUAGCAAGAGAUCUCCAGAAAAGUUGUUUGUGCUUUUAGAUAUGUACGAGAUAAUGCGAGAGCUUCACUCAGAGAUUGAAACAAUAUUCGUAGGCAAAGCUUGUGCUGAAAUUAGAGAAUCGGCGUCAAGUCUGACAAAACGGCUUGCCCAGACUGCGAAAAAGACCUUUGGUGAUUUUGAGGAAGCCGUUGAAAGGGAUGCAACAAAAACUGCUGUAUCAGAUGGCACCGUCCAUCCCUUGACAAGCUAUGUGAUCAACUAUGUGAAAUUUCUUUUUGAUUAUCAAUCAACGUUGAAGCAACUUUUUAAGGAAUUUGAAAAUGGAGAUGAAGGUGGUUCACAAUUAGCAUCUGUCACGAUGCAAAUAAUGCAGGCUCUUCAAACUAAUUUGGAUGGAAAAUCUAAGCAGUAUAGAGAUCCAGCCUUAACACACCUGUUUCUCAUGAACAAUAUACACUAUAUGGUCAGAUCUGUGCGCAGAUCUGAAGCCAAGGAUUUGUUAGGGGAUGACUGGGUGCAGAGACACCGUAGGAUUGUGCAGCAGCAUGCAAAUCAAUACAAAAGAAAUGGUUGGGGAAAGAUUCUGCAGUAUCUAACCAUUCAAGGCUUGAGCUCAUCUGGAGGCAGCUCAGUAGCUGGUGAUGGAGGAAACAGUAGUGGAGUUUCAAGAGCUAUUGUGAAAGAUAGGUUCAAGACAUUUAAUAUGCAAUUUGAGGAACUCCAUCAAAAACAAUCUCAGUGGACAGUUCCUGAUACUGAGUUGCGAGAAUCACUGAGACUUGCAGUUGCUGAAGUCUUACUGCCCGCCUACAGAUCUUUCAUCAAACGUUAUGGGCCUUUAGUUGAGAAUGGAAAGAACCCCCAAAAGUACAUCAGGUACACGGCGGAGGAUCUCGAACGAAUGCUGGGUGAAUUCUUUGAGGGUAAGAACGUGAAUGAACCCAAGCGGUAGAUUCAACUAGUCUCUCAUCAUUGCCUUGCUCUGGGAGGUUAGCCGCUAAAUGUUUGCCCGCAAGAUUUCAACGGCUCUGUAUUUUGAUAUGUGUGGUAAUGAGCUGGCUGUAUCGCCAUUUUUCAGUUACUGGAAUUGUUUGAAAACAUCAAAUUCAAGAUUUGUAUGUUUGCAAAUGAAUAGAGGGGCGUCUGUCCUUCAUGGAUAUUUGUAAAUAUUUGUAAUUUCAUAUACUGGAUAGUCAGUAGCCCAAGUAAAAAGUAGGUUCGGGUUUUUUUGUUUUUUGUUAAUUAAUAUGUUAGGAUGGGUUAAUUUUGACGAU